UUAGGUCACAAUAUUGCCAUAGAACCACUGAACCAUUGUGGUGCCAGUGUUUAACCAGUCGUGUUGGGCUGUAUGAAUAUAACUAUCAAAAGUUGUAUCUAUAUUUAAAAUAAAUAUGGGGCUAAAAACAAAGAGAAUUGAUUGUGACGUUGCCACGUACCUGUGCGGCUGCAGUUGUGGGUCCCUAUGUGACGAUCUGGGCUCUCCUGCCAACUCGGCCAUCAACUGUGUCCCCAAGGAGGACUUCGGGGGUCACCACCCCGACCCCAACCUGACGUACGCGGCCGACCUGGUGGAGACCAUGAAGGGCGGGGAGUAUGAUUUUGGAGCGGCCUUUGACGGGGGCGGCGAUCGCAGUAUGAUUCUCGGGAAGCGCAGCUUCUUUGUCAGCCCCUCCGACUCCAUCGCCGUCAUUGCGGCCAUGAAUGUAUCAUGAAUGUAUCAACCAUUGCAAGGAAGGUCCAUAUUUGGUCCCAGAUUUCAGCAGCAUCAGGGAUGUUGAGUCACAUGAUGGUGACAAAAGAAAUAACCAACGACUAAGAUGGCA